GUUUAGUACUGUUUUAGGUGUAGAUUCAUGUUGUGUGUAUGGGGCAAAUUUUUGGUCGGCUUGGUCUGAAUCAGGAGUUGUUUUUUGCUCUUUCUUUUGAAAGUCCUGUGUUAUUUAGCUAGAUUUGUAGAGGAAACAAUAAAUUUCACUGAAAAUAUAGGUUUAACAGCGAUGUGCUUACUAUUUCAUCGUUUCAGUUUAAAAUUGUUCUAAAUGAGAUAUCUAAGUAUUUUCGAGAGCAAAUAUCUAUGAGGUCUGAAUUAUGAUAUCAAAGUCUCUGUUUAAUGUGCCUAUCGAGAUUCUUCUAAUAAGCCAGAUCUCAGUAUUUUAAAUGAAUCAUAAAAUAAUGACGAGGUUUGAUUAUAACUAGCUUGCUUUUGUCUGUUUGCAAGAUAACAUAUUUGACGAAUAAAACAAAGCAUGUGCAUCAUUAGACAAAGACUAAUAACACAGCUGCACCAAUAAGGAUGAGACUAAUAGUGUUCCAUGCUGACUCAUCUUGAGGGAUGAUCUCACUACCUUUGAAAUCAUUAGAAUUUGCUUCUAAUUGUC